CCGCAAUUGUGCCUCUCAUCCCGACCUGUCAACGGCAGUGUAAUUCUACCACUUCCCAAAGCUCUCGGCACGAUUCAACAAUUGACUUCGGCCGAUGGCCCGAUUCGCAUGUUGGCUUGAGGCAUUUCUACCUUUGCGUGUUGACAUUUCUGCAACGAAUCCGCCUGGCUUCUCCCAGCACUUGACCAUUGGAAAUAUCACAUUGACAAGGCCUCUUUCACCUUGGCUGGCCAGCUUCAAUACCAUCAUCCAUCUUUAGUUUGACAUCAUUCUGUGUUUGAAGAGCCAGGCUAACUACUUUAUUGAUUGAAAACCUCGAAAUUGGUGCUCUUGAUUUCUCCACAUAUUCCCCCGGGGCCGUCUCAUUCUUGCCGAUAAUUAUCAGAUUCUGGUAAAAGGCUCAUUCAAUCAACUCCUAGGCGACUACUGUGCUCUGCCCUACACCAUGUCUAACCCCGGAGCCCCAGCUACGGUUCUGCUCUUGGGCACAUGCGACACUAAGUUGCAAGAACUACUCUUUCUCAGAGAUCAGAUACGACAUCAUGAAUCGGUGGAGGUCAUGUUGCUCGAUGUUGGCCGAGAAAACGUAGAACACAGUGCUAUCAACUUUAGCCAACAUUCUCUUCUCAGCGAGCACGGCGGAGGCAAAACGACAGCCGAACUGCCCCGGGGUGAGCUCGUCAAGUUCAUGGCGGCUUGUGCCUCUCGUGCUGUCAGGCGCCUCUUCGACGAGGGCAGAAUCCAUGGCAUCAUCAGCGCUGGCGGAUCAGGGGGGACCAGUCUCGCAGCCGAGGUAAUGAGGGAGGUCCUGCCAAUAGGCUUUCCCAAGAUGAUUGUUUCCACCGUCGCCAGCGGUGACACGGGACCACUGGUGGGCGAGACUGAUAUCGCAAUGCUGUACUCGGUGGUAGACGUAGCUGGACUGAACCAGGUCCUGAAAGACAUCCUCAGCAACGCAGGGGCUGCCAUCGGAGCCGCUGCAAAAGCGUACGUAUCUAGGACACGCGUCACACAGGAGAAUACAGGCGGAUCCAAGAAGCGUAUCGGCAUCACAAUGUUUGGCGUGACGACUCCAGGUGUGGAUGCGGUCCGCAAACACCUGGAGUCUAAACACGACGUCGAGAUAUAUGUAUUCCACGCAACGGGACAUGGCGGAAAAGCUAUGGAAAGGCUGGUGCGACAGGGCCAGCUGGACGCUGUGCUUGACUUGACGACGACCGAGAUAUGCGACUUGCACACCGGCGGGGUUAUGUCGGCCGGCCAGGACCGCCUCGAAGCGGCCGCCUUGGCCGGAAUCCCCAAUAUCAUAAGCCUUGGGGCCACGGACAUGACCAACUUCGGCCCGAAGAGUACAGUCCCCGAGAAGUACAAGGGCAGGAACCUUUACGAGCACAAUCCUACGGUGACCUUGAUGAGGUCGUCGCCUGAGGAGUCUCGACAAGUUGGCGACUUCAUCGUCGAGAAGUUGAAGAAUCAUGCCAAGAGGCCGGAGCUGGUUCAGGUGUGGAUGCCCCUUGGGGGAGUCAGCAUGAUUGCUGUGCCAGACGGACCUUUUGCCGAUGAGGAGGCGGACAAGGCACUGUUCUCAUCUGUACGGGACGGCCUCGCGGGAUCAGGUAUCCGGGUUGUGGAAGACAAGAGGGACAUUAAUGACGAGGGGUUUGCUCAUGAUAUUGCAGAUGCCUUGGCUGGGCUUCUGGGUUUGUAGUGGUUGCUGCGAAACACUUGAUGCGUUCCAAGCCAGCAAGCACAGUCGAGGAAACUACGCAUUGUAGGCGCCCGCGGGCUGGCCGAACCGGCUAUGAUAAUAAUUGUGAUCCG